AUGGGCCAACCGUCAAUCCCCCCUACCCCCACCUCCGCCAGUGUGGCCGGUAAAACCGCCAUUAUCACCGGCGGCAAUACGGGAAUCGGCUACGAAGUCGCUCGCCAGCUCCUCCUCCUUAAAGCAUCACGCGUUAUUAUUACCGUGCGAUCAACCAGCAAAGGUCAGGAAGCCGUCGCCUCGCUACGGAAAGAAGCCAGCCCCACUGCCACGAUUGAAUUCUUCUAUCUCGAUCUCGACGAUUUUCAAUCCGGCGUGGAGUUUGCGAAACGGGUCCGCGCCGAGGUCCCUGAACUACAUCUUCUCAUCUGCAACGGUGGUGUUAAUCUGAUGAGUUACGAAGCUAGCAAGACUACUAGCCAUGAACGUGUUAUGCAGGUCAACUGCUACGCUCAUUUCCUGGUUAUAUUAGAACUCCUUCCUCUUCUUCGCGCGACGGCAGUGAACCACGGCGAACCAUCACGUCUCACGUUCGUCGGGUCGAAUAACCAAAACUUCCACACGCUAGCGAAAAAUCCUCUAACCGAUUCCGAGACCGUGAUCGAACACUACGACAAUAAGCAGACGUAUAGCGGGUUACAGCGGUACGCGGAUAGUAAAUUCGUCGUACAUGCGUUUGUACAGCGACUGGCGAGCGUCGUGCCAUCUUCGGAGCUUAUCAUCAACGAUCCCUCUCCUGGCUUGGUGGCUACCAAAUUCGAUCGUGGACUACCGCUCUGGUUAAAGCCGAUUAUGUCCGUGUUGAGGAAGUUGAUGGCGAGAACGGUCGAUGAGGGCGCAAGGACGAUUAUCUAUGCGGCUGUUGUUGCCGGGCAGGAGACCCAUGGAAAGUUUUUGCAGAAUAAUAAAGUGGAUCCCGGCGCACCCAUCUUCCAGGAGAAAGCCGGACAGGUUUUUGUCGAGAGAUUGUGGAAGGACACUAUCACAGAGGCUAGCCAGUAUGACGCCGAGUUGCAGACCUUCGCUUGA